GCUGUAAAUAGAAAUUUAGUAGCAAGUGUAAAUGUGAACGGGUAAGACGCAGGACGUCUUGCCAUAAAUUUUGUGCAAAAAACACUGCAGUAUUCCAAUAUAUAAUCUUGAAUCUUAAAUGAAAAGAUAAUCAACCCACUUCCAGCAGAAUAUAUAUUUAGAUUAAUAUAAAAAAAUCAUGUCAUCGCCAAUAUUUAAUCCGGAAAUUCCAUAUGUCGGUGAAGUACCAGGAGGGUUAUCACCAGGCAAGAUGUUAAAGGUCCACGGAUCAAUACCCCCAGACGCUGUACGAUUUGCGAUCAAUUAUCAACUAGGCCCAAAUAUAAACCCAAGGGAUGAUAUUGCUAUCCAUUUAUCACCGCGAUUUAGUGAUGGUAUAAUCACAAGAAAUCAUAUAAAUUCAAUGUCCUGGGGGCCUGAAGAGAACAGCGGAGGUAUGUGGCUACAACCAGGCCAAGCAUUUGAAAUAAUUAUUCUCUGUGAGCCACUGCAGUACAAAAUAGCCAUCAACGGUAGACAUUACACGGAAUUUGCACACCGAUUGCCUUACCAGAAAGUAACACACUUGGUAAUAGACGGUGAUGUUGAGAUAAAAUCAAUUGUAUUUGAGUCUAUUGGUGGUCCACCAUCUGCUAGAGUUGCUUCUGCUCCUGAUAUACCUGCUCCUGAUUUUGCACCACCUGGUCCAGGAGGAUUGUAUCCUAAUUUAAAACCAGAUGUUGGCGGCUAUGGACCUCCUGGUGGCUACGGCCCACCUCCAAAUGCUUAUGGAGGUCCAGCAGGUUACAAUCCACCUAUGCCAUACGGCGGUCAACCGGGUUAUGCAGAGCCUGAAGAAGAAGAGGCCUUUGGUGGUUGUUUAGAUAAAGUUGGUCUUGCUGUCGGAGGAUUAAUUGCUGCUGGAGGAGUGGCUGCUGCUAUGCACGCAUAUAACAAAAAGAAGCAUGAGCACGAAGAGCCAGAGCAUGAGAAAACAGAGUCUUCCAAAAAUGAAAGCGAAGGUGGAUUCAAUUUAGGCGCUCUUGGUGCUGCGUUGGCCAGCGGCCUAGCUGCUAACGCUCUUCAAGGUGACAUGGGGCGUGGACAGUCUCACGGAUAUCCUGGGCAAGAUACUGGAGGCGGUGGAAUGCUUGGAUCUCUUCUUGGAGCACUUGGCGGAGGAGGUCAUCAACCAGCUCAUCAGCCAGCUCAACUUCCACCAUUACCAGCUGACCCGAUGGGAAGUCUAGGAUCGUUUUUAGGCGGUGUUCUAGGCGGUGGUGGUGCUGGUGGUCAUCACCAGCCUUCUGGAGGAUACCAACCUAGCGGCGGUUAUGGAGCUCCUAACCAGGGAUCAGGAGGAGGGGACUUAUUGAGCACUCUUGGGUCGUCUUUGUUCAGCUCGGCUCUGGACAGUCUCAGUAAGAAUAAAUCCCACGAUAAUUAUCCAUCGAACCCGCAACCACCACCGCCUGCCUACAAUCAUAAUUACGGUCCUCCAAGGAAUGAUCCACCGCCACCACCACAACCUCCUUCACGGAGUCCUCCAUCUCCACCUGCAUCAGGCGGUGGAAAAUUAUCCGCUGCUGAAAUAUCCAAAGGACUUGGACUCAGUGAUGAUGAAGAUUAAGAACUAAAAAUGUUUUCUUGAUUUUUGAAAACAUAUUCUUAAUUGAUUGCUUUUAUAAAUGGCGAUAAAAUUUUUAAUCGUUAAUGCAAGCUUCGUAAGUAAACAUUUUAUCACGAAAAUCAAAUAGCUAAAAAUAAGAAUCUCGAAUUUUAAAAUGAUCAAUUUACGAUAUAAUUUAUACAUAGAUAAUUUUUUUUAUGAAUUUACUCGGUACACAUAAAUUAUUCAUUGCUUACGUAACAAAGAUAGGCUUACAAAAAAAAAUGUUGAAGUAAAAGCAGCUAACAUAUUUUACAGAGUUAGAAUUAAUAAAAAGUAUCCUAUAUUUUUUUGAUAGACUAAAUAUUGUUAGUGAGGCCUUUACA